AUUAUAAGGAUGUUAAGAGAGAUACGUUAGGUAUAGCUCAUAAAGAAAAGUCUGCCGUGUGCUGUAAAAAUGGUUAUGGACCAUUUUUUGGUGAUAUUGAUAUUUAUUUUAUCGGUAAUGGAUGCCAUUCCGCUCCUAAUUCAUAUCCGAACAUCGGUAAACCUAACAAGUUUGUUAUCGAUGAUUAUGAAGUUUUUCAGGAAUUUAUGAUCAAAACGUAUGUUAUAGAGAGGAAGUGA